CCGCAAUAAACGGAACGGAAAUUGUCUAAAAUCGUUUGAUAGCGAAUAGGGCAUAAGAGAAGAGAGAGAAGGAGAAAGAACUGAGCCUCCUCAAUGGCUGUCGCCGUUUCAAUUUUAGCCGUGAUCUCUUCUCUUCAUCUUAUCGCUUUCGUCCUUGCUAUUGGAGCCGAACGCCGCCGGAGCACGGCUAAAGUUGUUCCCGACGAAUACGAUGAGAAAACGUACUGCGUGUACGACUCCGAUGCAUCCACAUUAUACGGUCUAACGGCGUUUGGUCUACUCCUUCUUAGUCAGGGAAUUGUUAACGGCGUUACGAAGUGCCUUUGCUUCGGAAAAGGACUCAGCUCUGGGAAAUACACCAUCUGUGCCGUCUUCUUCUUCGUCUUCUCCUGGGUUAGCUUUGUGGGUGCAGAGGCAUGCCUAUUGGCAGGAUCUGCUAGAAAUGCUUAUCACACCAAGUACAAAGGGAUAUUUACAGAAGAUGACUUGUCUUGUGCCACUCUACGUAAGGGAGUUUUUGCUGCCGGGGCGGGUCUCACAUUUUUAUCACUAGUUGGAUCUGUUGUUUACUUGUGGUUUCAUUCAAGAGCCGACACUGGAGGAUGGGAAAAGCACCGAAGUGAAGGAGGACUGGAUAUGACUCCUUCCAAUUAUGCCGAUCAUCAACAUCAGAGAAGCCAGUUUGACAAGAUUUGAUUUAUGAUCCAUGUUGUUUGUUCCCCUUUUAUUUUUAUAUAUUUUGAAGCAUGAUGAAGAUAAAACUCUUGGGUUGUUAGAGAAGAGGCUUAGAACAGAACAACAUGUUUGUUUAUGUGAAUGAGGGUUCAUCAUAUGAUAAGACCUUAAAUGUCAUCAUUGAUUUUAGAAAUUGAGUAAUCAGGAUUUUUAGAAAUUAAUUUCAGCAUUGAUUUGCCUUU